GGUGGGGGCGGGGGGCCAUGUAAGUGAGAUCGUAGCUUUUUGUUCGGGGGCACUGCGCAGGCGGUGCAACUGAGCGGGGGUUUGUUCCUUCGUAGGGUUUGGUUGUGUCGCUUGCGCGUGACCACCCUGGGAAUUGUCGUCGUCGAGCUCGGAAGCUGACCGGAUAGGAGUUGGCUUUGGCUUUUGGUCGGGUUGAUGGUUAGAAGUCGUAGGGGCUGUUUUAUUGAGAGACACGAGCGUCGGGAAAUGGCGGUGCGUAGGUGUUCCCUUUUUUCAUGCCCUCGAGCAAUCUUCGAAGCUUGAUUGCGUUGAUUGACGCUGAAAUGGCGGGUGGAGAAGACCAGAAUUCGAUGAUGCCAAAGUUGUAGGUACAAUAAGAUGUGAAUUCUGGGCGCGCUCGGACGCCAGGGUGUUGGGGAGUGUAGUCCCUGUGAUGUGUAUAUACAGGCCCAGAGCAAUUAGGUCCCUUCUUUAUGCUGCUGGAGAUGAAGUGAGUGGUUUCAUUUCGCGAGGCUUUCUAUUCUGUCAGGUUCGCAGGGGUAUAGUAUGAGCAGAGGGACGGAGAAAGACAUAUUGAGUGCCGGGCUUAUGGAGUAGAUGGAAGGUAAAAUUUACAUGACACCAAACGGAGUUUUGAACGAUGAUUUGGGUUUUGGAGCAGGCGAUUCUGCACUGAGAGGGCUGGGUUGUCUGCUGGUUGCUAAAUUUAAAAAGGUGGAGUCGGUAGAGGCCAGUGGUGAAGAGACGAAGAGUAGCAGGGCCAACGAUCAUUUGUACAGUCGCAAGAGUCGCGACGGUGAGGAUCGGGAAGCGAAGAAUGGUUGCAUUAGUGCAGGAAGUGUGCACGGCAUGCAACCGGGCGAGGAGAAGCUUGUUAUACGAAAGCAGACGAGUCUUUCUGGGGUUCUAGAAUCCUUGAUGAGUUUGGAUUCCAAAGGAGAUUUUAUGGGCCCUUUGGAUGGAUUAUCUUCAUCGAAUCUUUCGAAGGUAGCCGAAGCCCCAAUGUGCCUUAGAAUGAUGCAAGAGAAGAUUCGGACUCAUCAGUAUUCCACAUUGUGCAUGUUUGUGAAUGAUUUCGAACGGAUAUGUUACAACGCCCUGAGGUGUAAUCAGAAGCGUAGCAUUAUAUGGGCUGCUGCCCACAACCUUCUACGUCGAGGUAAGAAACAGUUAGAGCAAUACGAGGGAUACGGGGAGAGCUUAGUCGCAUGGAACCAGACUGACUCCAAAAUCAGCGUACCCGUGGAAACGAAAUCGGAGAAUGAGGAGGCCAAGGUUUGCCAUCCCGAGAAGUCUUUGGUGUCCAAAGGAGUGAAGAUGGCUAUAUGCAGCGCUACUACUGAUUCAGUUGAAAGCAACCUACCAUCUUCUGGAGGUGGCUCCAAGUGCAAGAUUGCACUGGUUGGGAAGGGUAGUUGUUUGACGCCUAGUCUGAAGUCAGAGAAACGGGAGAAUCAGAUGAGUGAGAUUGCGGAGCCAUUCCAGUGUCCUACGAUGGGUGCUGAUUCAGAAGACACUUCAACUCACAAGGACAGUCCGAAGGCAAAUGCUAGCAGGGUAAUUUGGAGCGGAGAAAUCAGUCGAAGGGCUUCAGAAGGAAAACCUGCUAAUGGAUCAUCUGCAGUGGGCCAAACAGACAAAGACGUGGAUGUAGAGGGGGAGAGGGAUGUGGAUUCGGCAAAGUGGCGAUGGGACGCUGAAGGCGACGCAACAGAAUCUUCGAGUUCGUAUGGGUCGAGUGGAAGUUCGUUGGGAAGUGAAGUGAGCCCUGACAGGGCGCAGUGGAUGUUCGAGGCCGAAUCAAGUUUACGCGAUGGCAACGGAGCAGUCGGGCUGAUCGAAGACGAUUAUGGUGUUUUCACUGGCGAAAGAGGAUUUAGGGUGGGUACUGUGAAAAGAGAGAAGAAGGUGCUGGACGCAGAGUGGAAGCAGACUAGGCGCGGCAUUGAGUGGAGAUGUCAUUGGUUGGAAUUGAAAACGCUGGCGAUCCAGGCGAAAUUAGCUCAAUACGAGAAAGUGUUGAAGAAAGCACAAGGUGAGAAGGUCUGGAAAUGGAAUGGAGAGGUCGGUGAAGAGUUAUGCUCUCGAACGGUGCCGGUGAAGAUUUUGCGAAAUCAUCCAAUCGUUCAUCACAAACAUCGGAGGAGGGCCGAGGGCGGCCAUGAUGUGGAUUUGGGAAAGCAUCCUGUGUUCUCACGAUAUGAGAAAAGGAAGACCCAGCGCAACUCGGACAGUGGCUCAGGUCUAAGAAAGGUGGAUAGGGGGGAAGUGCAACAGACAGAGUUUGAGGUGUCUGAACCAGAAUCCACGUACGAGAGGGAAGACGUGGAAUUGCAACCAGGUGCAGAAAAUGCAUUCGAAGGGCAAGAUUCCAUGGAGCAACUUUUGUGGCAAGUGGAAGCUUUGCAAGUGCGCGUGAGGAAGCAAAAGCACUUACUGAGGAAAGAAGCAGCUGCACGAAAGAACAUUUCAGUUGGUUGUAAGGACGGUAGUGCACUGAGCCUCUCACCGCAUGCGCUUCCUCAAUCCCCUCAGAAAGGUAACGCGUCUACUCAAGCAUUGCCUUGUCCGAAAGGUGUAACACGUGCAGGCCCCCUAUCGUCCUCUAGUGGCAGUUUGGGAAGAUCAGGUUCAGGUGCUGGGCUGGCACGACGUAAGACGGCAGAUUAUGACAUCAGCAACAUGGUGAUGCCCGCAAACGUGGGUACCACCUUUGUGGAGCAAAUACGUCAUGUGGACAUUGAGACACCAUUGUGGAGGGUGGCCGAAGAUGCAAACCCAGCAGUGCAGCACUUGGAAGCUUCAUCCAGCGAUGAGGAGACGGAAGAUGAGCACUAUCAAAGUCGACACUCUGUGAUGGAGACGCUGGAAAAGCUGCAACGGUACAUGCCCCGUCCGAAGAAAAGUGUUGGCGACAUUCAUACUGUUGGAAAAGGGAAGUUGAAGGUGGGAAGCGGGAAGAGUGCGGUUCAGAUGGGUGGCAAGGGCAGCAGUGCAGGCUCCGCUCUUCCCAGUGGUCCAAGUGGCACUUUGGCACGGUCGGCUGACAAUAUACCUAAAAGGCAACGUUCAAAUCGGAGUGUUGUUCGCAGACCACUGGCGUCUUUAGCAAAUGCUUCAGCUGCGCAGACUAAGUCCACAGAGGGUAUGAAAUCUGAACCUGUUAAGAGUGAGGUAUCAAGGAAGGCUGGGGGUGUGGAUCUCUUGCUCGUUGGGAAUUGGAAUACCGCAUUUUCUGGGGCAGAGUGAACCCGCGUCGUGGAUCGCAUGGAAGAGGACUAGGAAGUAGCGUGAUGCUGCAUUAGCGUGUGCUUUUAAUUGUGACAGAAUGAUAAGUCCAUCAUUUUUGUGGUAAAGUAGGCUAGAUCACGUUUAGCUGGAGAUGAUAACGGUCGACGGCCUGUAACAUUUGUAGCUUAUUUCCACCGAAGUUGUGGCACAGUGCACCGUGCAUUUGGAUAUGAAGAGUUCUAUGCUGGUCUCGCUGUGACUAACUUGGUCGAUGCUGUACAGUACUGUGCUGAAUUUUUGCUGGUAUAUAUUGUUCUGAGAUUCUUUGGCCAUAUCUGGCAGAA